UUCAUCUUCUCCUGAGUUUAUCUCAAGUCAAGAAUAAUGAAACACAGUUCAGUCCUGCUUUUGCAGCUCCUCCUGGGAACAUGCUCAGUUUACACCUAUCAAAAUGUGGCCUUGCGUGGAAAAGCAUCCCAGUCAAGUGUGAAUGAAUCUGGAACUGCCAACAACGCUAUUGAUGGAAACCGCGAUUAUAACUACCCGGCCGGAUCGUGCACCCAGACUGCUGAACAGACCAACCCCUGGUGGAGAGUGGACCUGCUGGAGCCCUACAUCGUCACCUCCAUCAUCAUCACCAACAGAGGAGACUGCUGUGCAGAAAGGAUCGAUGGGGCAGAGAUUCACAUCGGAAACUCUUUACAAGAUGGUGGCGUCACAAAUCCAGUGGUUGGUGUAAUUUCUCGUAUCCCAGCAGGCAGGUCUUUAAAAAUGACUCUUACAGGACUUGCGGAGGGACGUUAUGUGACUGUGGCUCUACUUGGUUCAAAAAAAGUCCUUACACUCUGUGAAGUGGAAGUCUACGGGUACCGUGCCCCAACUGGAGAGAACCUGGCGUUCCAAGGAAAAGCCACACAGUCGUCACUGAAUCAUUUUUGGGGCGAUGCAAGUCAUGCCAUAGACGGGAAUCAUGCCAGCAAUUGGGACCAGGGUUCCUGUGGUCACACACGUAGGGAAUACAAUCCCUGGUGGAGGCUGGAUCUGGGCAAAACCCAUAAAGUGUUAUCUGUCAGCAUAACCAACUACAGAAAUCAUCCUUUACGACUUAAUGGAGCUGAGAUCCGAAUUGGAGAUUCUCUUGCAAACAAUGGCAACAACAAUCCCAGGUGUGCUGUCGUCUCAAGCAUCACUGGAGGCUUCACUGAAACCUACCAGUGUAACGGGAUGGACGGUCGCUACGUUAACGUAGUCAUUCCUGGAAGAACCGAGGAGCUGACCCUGUGUGAGGUGGAGGUUUACGGCUCCAGACUGGAUUAGGUCUGAGGAGGUUCAACAUUUAUAACAAAGACAUUAUCUCUGUUCAAAUGUUCCAGUGAGUAAUGAGACAGUUACAGUGAGCCAGCAUACUGUGACAUGUCAAAAUGUGAUGGCCUUAACAUCCACAGUAUUAAAUUAUAAAGGAGAGUUUUGUGCUUCUAUUGAAUUCAGGAAAAUUAGUUCAUUUAAUCUUUACAGUGGUAGUGACAAUUUUGUUGUGAUUGUAUACAUGUAUGAACGUGAAUGAACUUUGUACUUUUGUAUUUGUUUGGGUAUUAUUUUAUUUUGUAAAGGUGUUGCAGAGUUGUUUUUUGAAUCUUUGUUGAAGAUUUCCUUUUCUUAUACUCAACUUUUCUUUGUACUGUCACUGCCUGCAUAUUAAUAUUUAAUGACCUUUGUUGCAAUAAAUAAACUGAAAGAAAAUAAACUCUUUGUAACAUG